UAUAACGCACUAUACCAACUGGCCGAUCUCCUAAAGCACAGCAAGACGGUAUGGGAGUGUUUAAUUGAAUUACAAGUCAUUUACAUGCUGGCAAGCUCCUUGUUAGGGCUAUCGGCUCGUCUUUGUACGGACCCCGUGUUGGCACGGAAGGGGUGAAUCUUCAGUCACGCGCUUUAUAUCGUGCCGAGGGGUGACCUAUCCUGCCUCCUGCGAGUUCCGAUUCGCGUGUGAGGCCCACGGCUGGCCUGCUCGUACCUCGCUCAAGCUCCUCCUUACAAGCUUCACUUCGUCAGCUCACCUCUGCACCCCGUCCGAGCUUUUCAUCACCCAUCAAAAGGGGAAGAAAAGCAACUCUUCAAAUUUCACACCUCUAGCCUUCGCUCCAAAAAAAAAUAAUGUGAAAGAAUCCCGAGCUAUCGAAUUGCUUUUUGCUUCAACAUCGCAUCCGAGGAUGAUGACGAAGGGCAGAUAAUGAAGAAUCUUCCCCGGGGAUGAGUGAUCAUUUGUACACUGAUAUCGGCUGCUUUCACGGACGGAGAGAAUCCGGGAUAAUAAAAACCAUAAAACGUUUCCGCGGUUCGUCGCGACUUUUGUAGAUCGCAUUUUAUUACUGAGUGACACAGUUGCACGAACUACAUUACUGCGAGCGGAGGAGAGAGCGGUAUAGGGCGUAUGUACGCUCAGCAGCCUACGUCAACAUCUUAUCAUUCAACAAAAACAUUGUGGACUUACCCCCUGCGAUGAGAUCAGACUCUCGGAUGGGAAAUGAGGCUGGGAGACAAGACAUGAUACAAGGAGGAACUCAAAUUGAGGACAAGAGGUGGAUGUGAGAGAGAACCGAAAAUGAUGCUGGAACCGGGCCACGAGAAACCUUCGUACCUGAAAACUAUACCCAAUAAACGCGCUCAUGGAGGGGCAGCCGCCGCCGCUGCAGCAGCCGCCGCAAGAAGGAUGUCUGUAUCCCACCCGACCAUGGAGAUGGAUAUCGGGCCGGGGAGGUUCGACUCCAUGGAGAAAUUGUUCCUGGCGGCCGCGGAGAAUGGCGACAAGAAGGCUAUCAUGUACGCGCUGGAGAAGGCCCCGGAUCUGAACAUCAACUGCACGGAUAAGGAUGGGCGGAGUGCGCUGGUAAUUGCCAUCCAGAACGGCAACUCGGAAAUCAUUAAGUUGUUGUUGGAGCAUAGCGUGCAACUGGGAGACGCCCUCUUGCGGGCAGUGGAUGAACAGUUCACGAAUGCAGCGCAGAUGAUAUGCGAAUACAUCAAACAGAAGAACAUACCGGAAUUUCUGAACUGCCGUGCGCUGAAUGGCGAUUUCCAUCCAGACAUCACACCCAUCGUCCUGGCCUCCCAUCACAACAACUACGACAUCAUCAAGAUUCUCCUGGAGUACGGAGCCCGGAUCGAAGACCCCGAAUACUACGCCUUCAGCACCCAGACCCAGACCCUCCAGCACUCCCUGGGCAUGCUCAACAUCUACCGAGCCCUGGCAUCCCAAGCCUACAUCUCACUGACCAGCGCCGAUCCGAUCCACACUGCCUUCGAGAUGUGUGACAAGCUCAGGAAGCUGUCCCACAAGAACCCGGAGUUCUCAGAGCAGUUCCAUGAGCUGGCCGGGCAGUGCGAGCAGUUCGCGGCCGAUAUCCUGGGCCACAUUCGGAACCACAAGGAGCAGACGUGUAUACUCUACCACGACCCCUACCUCUGGGGGGCCUACGUGGAGGGUAACGGAGUGGGCCCUUACAAAGUCAAGAUCGCCAUCCAUUACGAGCAGAGGAAGUUUGUAGCUCAUCCUCACUGCCAGCAGAGGCUAACCCAGCUAUGGUACGAGGGUCUUCCCACCUGGUACGACUCAAACUGGCUUUCCUCCUCCAUCUUCUCCGCCAUGGUUGGCAUCUGCUUCCCCAUCCUCAGCAUCCUCUACAUCAUCUACCCCUGGGGUAAAGUGGGAGCAUUCAUGCGGGUACCACACGUCCAGUUCGUCUGCCAUACCUGCUCCAAUCUGUUUUUCCUGGUCUUGCUCGGUCUCCAGUCGUCCGGUGGCCGGGACGUAGACGAACAUGGCAAUUCUAUAGACUCGAGAACGUUGGCACCUACGUUUACUGAAUGGCUUGUCAUCUACUGGGUAAUCGGUUUAACGUGGGCCGAAAUCAAAGAGCUAUGGUACUACGGUUCGCGAUAUCUCAAGGAUAGGUGGAAUGUUCUGGACUUCCUAACGCUGUCUCUUUACUGGGCAUCCAUAGCGCUCAGAGUGGUCGUGUACCUUAAGGCUUUGGAGAGAAUGAAAGACCCGUCAGCAAACCUGGCGAACGUCACCAUGCACCCAGUCACGACGGACACAAUGACAAUAUCCUGGACACCUACGGAUGAUGAGGACGAUUUCACGCCUAGUGGAGAGUUACCGUCCAGUAUGCCGACAGAGGAGGAAGUGGACCCACGGCGUCUUCUUCAGGCCAUCCACGAAUUGUCCGUUCAGAUUGAUGUCAUGAAGUAUGACCAGGAGAGCAAAGAUGGUCAGGUCGUGGAGAAACUUGCCUCCCUGGACGGCACAAUCAGCCAGUUGGAUACCAGGAUGGCCAACUUUAUCAAAUCCCAGGAAGACGAUGCGGGGGAAGUGGGAGGAGGGAGCACGGGCAGCCGGCGUCGGACGGGUAGUAGCGGCGGUGAACCCUACCCAGUCUACACAAAGACGGAAAACUCCACUGGCAGGGUGUAUUGGAAUAGCGACGAUCCCAUGUUGAUCGCUGAGGGACUCUUUGCCAUCGCGAAGGUGUUGAGCUUCCUGAGACCCAUUAGCCUGACCGUCAUGAAUCGCCACGUCGGGCCCAUGCAGAUCUCGCUGGGCGGCAUGAUGUUCGACAUCACCAAGUUCAUGCUCAUUUUCUUGUUUGUCCUGUUCGCCUUCUCUCUUGGUAUGAAUCAACUUUACGGGUACUACGCAGCCGAGUACCGGACACAGUGCGACAACUGCAGGAUGUAUUUCAGCUCUCUUCCAGAAACCAUGGCCACACUUUUCUGGGCGUUGUUCGGUCUUCCUGAUUUAGAAAUUCUGGAUUUGAAGGGCGUGUCCCACACGUUUACGGAGGGCGUGGGGACCGGACUCUAUGCUGCUUAUCACAUCAUAGCCAUUGUGGUCCUCAUGAACGUGUUGAUUGCCAUGAUGAGCAACACGUAUACGCGGAUUGAGGAAGAUGCAGAGAUCCAGUGGAAGUUUUCGCGGUCCAAACUGUGGAUGACGUAUUUUGAGGGUCGCGGUACCAUUCCACCUCCUUUCAACGUCGUCCCCGCGCCCAAAACGAUUGGUUACAUCUGUAAGUGGAUAUGGGACAGACUGCAUGGCGCCCAGUCUCGGCAGGAGAAGAAGGAGCGAAACAAGGCUUUUAUGGAGGAAAGAGAGAAGCAAUAUCGGGACAUCAUGGGCAAGUUGGUCAGACGGUACAUCUUCGACGCCAAGCGUGACGACGAGGAAGGUAACCAGGAGCAAUGGGUCAACCGCAUCAAGCAAGACAUCUCAGGCUUCAAGUACGAGAUGUUCGAAGCCUUGUCCGGGAUGGACUCCAAGAUGCUAGACAUGGAAAACCGGAUAGCCAACGGUCCCACAGGACCCACUGUCGGCACCGAGAUGUUCCAGAAGAUGCAUGAGAUUGUCAAGAAGCCACUGUCCAGACCUGACAGCAUGGAGUCCGUCAAAUCGGGAUGCUCUGAGAUCUGCAAAGCCGCGUCUCAGGAUCUACUGGACUCGCGGAACUCUGAGUUGCCUCCGCCUGUCUACGAUACCGGGGAAAUGGAGUCCCCUUCCGCUAAGAAUAGGUACAAGCCCAAGUCACCCUCACUACCGGCAAAUAUUGCCAACUACAUGUAUCCUCCGGAGUGGGAACGAUAUGAACCCAUUCGGUACAUUGAUGAGGAUCCUGAAGUGCCAUUAUUGGGAAGUCCGCGGAACAGCAUCAGCAGUCAUAAGAAGCGGGGGAGUAGUAGGCGUAAACGCAGGCACAGCACCAGCCAUCUGAACCACCUAGGUAGCAUUUCACGCAAUAAUAACAAGGACGUUGUGGAAAACAUGCUGGAGAGCACGACUAAGGUUUGACCCAGCCUCAAUUCCAGCGGAAUCGGUUCACAACUUGGGCUGUUGGUAAACGAAUGAUUCACAGACUGGAGUGGAGGCUACACUAAGGUCAGUGCCUCCUCAUCACUAAGGAUGCAAUACCAGCGAGAUGAUUGUCAUCUGAGGAUUUUCUUAGUUGUUUCCCGCUGAACACUUAUAGCAAAAUAUCGUUAAGCUAUUUCCUCAACUUCCCGACUGGACAAGGAGUCUAGGACAGAGCAAGUUGAAUUUCUAACACAUUUAUAUCUUUAUCGUCUUGCUCCAUUAACAGCCGCAAAAUUGUUAUAGUAAUCAUACUUAUCUAAUAUUUUAGCAGUUACUCAUAAAAUAUUGCUAUAUUUGUUAUCAAGUUGUUGGUCGUUAAUAAUAUAAUUUAAUGUUAUGUAACAUGGGAAUUAUUAAAUUAAGGUUUUACAUUUUCGUUCGACAAAAAUAUCAGGUAUUAAAAAUAGAUCAUUUGUAUAUGAACGUGUAAUACAAAAGACUACUCUAUGUAAUAUUUUGAAUUCGUGUAAAUUGUUAAAGCCGCAAUUUUUAUUUCGUUACUAAACUUUUUAAAACGCGAAAGCAAAUGUUGACUGUUGUUUAUUAGAAAAUGCAAAUUGACACACCUGUUUUGGUACCAUCAUUAAGAAAUUGUCAUAUCCACGAUCAGCACGAACAGCGAAGUAACAGAGAGUAACAGAGAGUUUCUUGUGUUUUGACAUUACAUGUCAAAACACAAGACCAUUGGGUUAAGUCAAAAACAUUAUGUAGCUGGUUAACAAGCAAGGUUGCAACAUGAGCAUUUGUAUUUUGGUAAUACGCAUGGAAUAAAUAUUGCGGACAGUCCCAUCGGUUUGUAUAUAAUUAUCUAGUAAUUCUAGAUCUUUCAGAACUACUUUGAUUUUGACACGUGGCACGGUACGCAAGGGGGAGUGUGCGUUUGUGACGAUUGUAAGUGAUUAUAUUACCAUGCAUUAUGGACUAAUUUGCAGAUAAGUAUACAACUAAACGGACAUUCUGCAUGUGUAACUAUAGGUAUUUUGACCUACAAAUAUCACGUCGUUUUUUUCCUGGAUUUUAAUAGUAUAAUUGUUGCCACUAACAUUAAAGGGUCAAUACUUUGCACUAGAAAAAGGUGUUUAUUUAAAUGCAAAAGUAUUCAUAAAUCCCUAAGACAAAACAGCCAUUCCUAUUGGCCACGAGCAUGUCACACGUGGUACAAUGUGGCACGUCAAACGCAUGAUAUAGACCUAUAUCGUGCUUCCACCAUUUUAGUCAUGUUCCCUGUAUCCAAUAACAGUACUGAAUAAUAAUGUUUUGUGUAAAAAAAGGAACCAGACUAUUUUCCCCUCCAGCCUCGCUUUGGUGACAUUGAUUUGAAUGGGAAUAAAAUCAAAUGGCUGCAACAUGAUAAUGGUCUAUACGCGCGCGGCAGACAAAUUAAUAGCCGCGUACUGAGCACCUUUGGACCCCACUUGUAUACAAAAUAAAGGAAAACAUUUGAGUGGCAAAACUGAAACGUUUUAACGCUUUUGUAACGAGUUUUUAAUAGAGGUAUUUACAAAGGGGAGUGAAAGUGUGAUAACGUCAUCUUCGGCUUAAAACCAUUGGCAGUGGCCACGCCCUACUCGAUCAUCGCACUUUCAUUUCCUUAAUGUUGUACACAUGAAUUAUUUGUAGAUGUAGGUUAACAUUCAUGUUGCUGGUAUACAUACUAUACGGAAGUAACAAGAGUCCUUUGCAGUACUUUAACGGAGAUAGGAAUUUUGAGUGUUCCUGUCAUUUUUAUCGGGAUACAUAUGUAGAAAGGUGUUUUGGAAUUAGAGGUAGCUUUUUAGGAGAUAGAGAGAGCGAGAGAUGAAUGAGUCAUAACUCGGGAUGGAGGUUGGAGCUAGGUUUUGUCGAUUUACGAGCAUGGUGUUGUGUAAAAUGAGAUCAUUAAUUUUUGAAUAACACUCUUACUAUAUAUUGGGGCAAAGUUGAGGAUAUACCACCUCUUUAAAAUAUUUUUUUGUUAAUGUGUGUCUUCUGUAUUGUAGUUAAUGUUCAAUUUUAAGCAAUGUGGCAUUUCUAUCCUUUGAUUCCGGCAAAUCUAGAACUCAAAUAUGUACCGUUUUCCAGUUUACUUAUUAUUUAAACCUCACAAGAUAUGAAAACAUUUUAUGUCUAAAUGUAAUGCUGAUUUGCCUUUAUUUCAUUCUAAAGAGAACAGUCCACAAUUUGAAAAUCCACCUUUGACAUUGGCCUUGAUUUUUAUGUCAGUAUACGACUUUGAAUAAUAUCAUGUAGCCCUCAUUUAUCUAAAUAAUUAAUACUAGUUUUUCUUUACAAUAAUGUUGAAAUGUGUUGUUAUGUUUAACGCUGAACAUUGUUUACUUGAAAUACAUGCUCAAUGAAUAGAAAAAGUGCAGUCAAUUCUGGACAGAUUUUGCAGUCCAUUGUCACAAAAAAAAUAUAAGAGUUGAAAAAAUGCAAGGUUUUCCCACUGGCGCUCUUAUGGAGAGAAAGCUCCUAAAUUGUGACGUAGCAAUUUGUUCCGCAAUGCACAUUAUUAACUUCCGUGAAAUCCGCGUUUGUUACACAUUUUUUAAAUUCCCUACAGGCUUACACAUAUUAAAACAUUUAAAAAAAAAACUAUUCAACGACAUUUUUCACAUACCGACUUCAUAUUGCAAUCUUCAAAUUUUGAAUUUCUUCGAAAAUAAAAAAAAGGUGUGACGUGUCAUAAACCAGAUUCAGCAAGUGGGAUGUCAUAACAAUUACAUUCUUGUGUAAUUAUGUCUAUUGUUUUGGAGUUGUGCGGUGACUCCAAGUCAUUAAAAAUCACUUCUUUCAUCGGCGAGUAUUUCUUCAAGACAAAGUUUGGAUUGGAUUCUACUGAUACGGUUAUGGUUUCUUUGAAAUUGUAUUUAUUUGUAAAUAGAAUUAAUACUAUAUAUAGUCUUUUAAAUUAUUGUAAUUGUGGUGUCUGGCAGGAUAACCAGUGAAGUUUUGUGUGGAGUUGAAACGCCGCAGGCUCGGUUUAUAAAGUGGAAUUCCUUGGACAUCUUGAGUCAAUUUCAAGGCACUGUUCAUGUUAAGUACAGGAAUGUGCUAAACACGGAAAAUAUAUGCUCACCAUAAAUUCAUGUUAUGCAUAUUUCUUUUUUGUUCAGCACAUAUAGGCUUCAAGCAAUAUUUUCUGCUCGACACUUCCAUUAAAUAAGACCAAGAUUGCAUACAGAAAACAUUUCACAUUUUUAAAGACACCAUCUCUUGACCAUUGAGACUCUCGAUAUUUGAUCAACCAAAACACCUGCCAAUGUAAAGCCUACCAAAUUGUGAUUAUCAAUUAUUUGGAAUUGUUUGGGAUGGUAUCACAAAUUAAGAUCUCUAAGAAUUAUUGAGACGGCUGGGGGCUGUGCUAUUAUGAAAACAAUAGCACUGAGAUAGUUCUUUGAAAAGCAUGCAUGCAUGGCUUCGAAAUCCAUUCUAGGUAAUUACCCACAUGAUACCCACAUGAUCUUUGUACUUGUGAAUAUGUUGUAGCUCUUGCUUUAACAUUUAAUUGUUAUCCACAAUGUAUAUGAUUCUGAUGUUAAAAAUUAAAAAUAAUUAAUAUGAACAUGUCUUUGCUCUUCUAUACGAAACAAGUAAUCAAAAUAUGACCUUCUUUUUCGAUAAUGGUUUCAGUUUCGGGGUAAGAGCAAUUGAACACGAUAUAAUACGGUUUAUUGUAAUGCUUAUUAUUGUAUUAACAUAACUAUUAAUAAAACUUAUAUGGACAUGUAUAACGCUUUGGAAACCGACUUUUGUUUCGGUUUAUUUGUGUUUAUUUCAUUUAUCCAAUGACAGACAUUAUGUCUAUCGCUUCUCCCUUAAAAAAAAAUGGGCGAAGCGUGUUAAUAACGAAGAACUGGGACAUUUAUGCUAUCUCUUUCAGUUUUCGCGAGAGGACCGACAUGACACAUUUACGUAUUCAAAAAAUUUUAAUCAAAUCUUGCAUUUGGUAAAAAUAAAAAAGAGCAUUAAUCUUAGGAUUACUUUUCAUUAGAUAGAUGAUUCCCAAAAGAUCGAUCAAUCACAGACACAUUAAUUUCCUCUGAAUGGCAAAAAUGAAAACGAAUACAAGUAUUAGUUGAGAUAUAAUGGCCAGUAGAGGUGGCAAAAACUAGAAAGCAUAGCUUGUAUCAUACAAAAACAGACGAAUUAUUAAAGAGAAAAAAUAAUUAUAUUUCUAAGCAUAAAAUAAAGUUAUGGGUGAUGGGCUACGAGUAAUGGGAUAGAU